AUGUUAUUCUACGAGUAUCGUCUGCUCCUAAAGCGGUUUGUUCCAAUGUUGUUCCACGUGCCGGAAAAGUGUCGCUUGCUGCGUUAUAUCGCCGGAGGAGCGAAGACGCGACGGGACGGCGACGAAGACAGGAAAGUAGGAAAGUACGAAGGCAAAAGAGAGAAGGAACGAAGACGAAGGCGCGAAGGAACGAAGACGAAUGAGCGAAGGGACGAAGACGAAGAAGCGAAGGGACGAAGACUAAUGGAGCGAUGGUACGAAGACAAAGGAGCGAAGGGACGAAGACGAAGGAGCGAUGGUACGAAGACGAAGGAGCGAAGGGACGAAGACGAAGGAGCGAUGGUACGAAGACGAAGGAACGAAGACGAAGAAGCGAUGGUACGAAGACGAAGGAGCGAAGGGACGAAGACGAAGGAGCGAAGGAACGAAGACGAAGGAGCGAUGGUACGAAGACGAAGGAGCGAAGGGGCGAAGACGAAGGAGCGAAGGAACGAAGACGAAGGAGCGAUGGUACGAAAACGAAGGAGCGAAGGAACGAAGAAGAAGGAGCGAAGAGACGAAGACGAAGGAGCGAUGGUACGAAAACGAAGGAGCGAAGGGAUGAAGAAGAAGGAGCGAAGAGACGAAGACGAAGGAGCUCAGUUACUAUAG